UUGGGUUCUUUGAGUUUGUAGAAAAUGGCUGAUGAGAACGAAGUCAAGGAUCCUCGUAUCGAUGGUAUCAAAACUAAGAUCCGAGUCGUUCCAGAUUUUCCCAAGAAAGGAAUAAUGUUUCAAGACAUAACAACACUGCUGCUGGAUCCUAAAGCUUUUAAAGACACUAUUGAUUUGUUUGUUGAGAGGUAUCGAGACAUGAACAUCUCGGUGGUUGCAGGUAUAGAGGCUCGCGGUUUCAUAUUUGGUCCAUCCAUCGCAUUAGCCAUUGGAGCAAAAUUCGUUCCCCUUCGUAAACCCAAGAAAUUGCCUGGUGAAAUAAUAUUUGAAGAGUAUGAGUUGGAGUAUGGAAGUGACCGGUUAGAAAUGCACGUCGAAGCUGUAGAUUCCGGUGAUCGAGCACUGGUCGUAGAUGAUCUGAUUGCUACCGGCGGGACUCUCUCUGCUGCCAUGAAUUUACUCAGGAGAGUUGGAGCAGAAGUAGUUGAAUGUGCAUGUGUUAUUGAGUUACCCGAAUUAAAGGGGAGGGAGAGAUUAGAAGGAAAGCCAUUGUAUGUGCUCGUUGAGUAUCGAUGAAGUAUCUCAUUAUUUUGUUAAUUGGAGAAAAUUACUAGUGAGGACGACAAAGCUAAAACCUCAUGCAUAAUGGUUUAUAAAUUGGUGAAAAUACAAUUUGGAUCAUCAAUUGGUAGGUUAAUUUAUGGAAUAAAGGGAUUUAACGUACGGGCUAAGCUUAAACGUUUACAUUUGGAUUUUGCAAAAUUUCAUGUUCCAUCUAUUUAUGUAUGAGAAUUAUACCCCAUGGGAAUUGAAUGGGCUUGGUUCGUAACUAGAUACUAAAUUAAUUAAUUGUUUUUCUUUGUUAUAUAGUAUUGUGAUGUUACGUU